GAAAAGUCCCUCUUCAAACAAUUUCAAUUCUCUAAUACGUGGACCGUAAAUGCUUAAGCCAACUACUCAAAAGUUUAAGCCAAAACUAUUGUACUGAAGCAUGUGGCUGUUGCGUAUAUUGAAAGGAGAUUGACAAUGCAGUGGGUUGCGAUAUCUCAUUUCCAGUUGCUAGACAGAGCAUGUAGAAGAAAUAGCCACCUAGAUGUGCACUUUAGAUUUCAUAAGCUUUAGAUUUGCUACUCACUAAUGCGUUCCCUAUCUGCCUCCUUACAAAACAGGGAGCUGUUGACACGUUUUCGGUUAUUUAUGUACUCUCACAGGUUGAGGAUUGUGAUUAUUUACUCUCAAGGGUUGAGGAUUUUGAUUGAUCGGGGCUAUUUUUCAACAUAAAAAGAGGGUGAUGGCUUGUUUCUCUUGCUUUUUCAGCCAGAAGGCAGCUUCUUCAGUUAAACGGACUGUUGACAUUGAUGAAGUUGUUUCAGGUAUUUCAAAUCUCAAACUGUACAGUUACAAGGAACUGCAAAAUGCCACUGAAAAUUUCAGUGAAGACAAUAAAAUUGGGCAGGGAGGCUUUGGCUCCGUAUACAAGGGAACACUCAAGGAUGGCUCUGUGGCAGCAAUAAAGGUGUUGUCAGGAGAUUCUAGGCAAGGGUCGCGGGAAUUUUUGACAGAGAUUGAGGUGAUUGCAAGUGUUGAUCAUGAGAACCUAGUUAAGCUAUACGGUUGCUGUGCAGAAGGAAAUCAUAGGAUAUUGGUUUAUGGCUAUCUCGAGAAUAAUAGCCUUUCACAAACUCUUCUUGAUGGAGGCCAAAGUGGCAUCCAAUUUAGUUGGCAAACAAGGUGUAAAAUCUGCAUUGGUAUUGCAAGGGGGCUCGCUUACCUCCAUGAGGAUGUUCAACCCCAUAUUAUUCAUAGAGACAUUAAAGCAAGCAAUAUUCUUCUUGAUAAAGACUUUUCGCCCAAAAUUUCAGAUUUUGGUCUUGCAAAGUUUAUCGCACCCAACUUGACCCAUGUUAGUACUCGUGUCGCUGGAACAGCAGGUUACAUAGCACCUGAAUAUGCCAUACGAGGUCAAGUGACAAGGAAAGCGGAUAUCUAUAGUUUUGGUGUUUUAGUCUUGGAAAUUGUUAGUGGCAGGUGCAACACAAACAGACGUUUACCAUCCAAAGAACAGUAUCUUCUUGAAAGGGUAUGGGAACUACAUGAGAGGGGUCAGCUGGUGGAGUUGGUCGAUACAUCAUUAAAUGAAGAUUUGAAUGUUGAGGAGGCUUGCAGAUUCAUGAAGAUCGGUCUUCUUUGCACCCAAGACAAGCCCAAGCUCCGACCAUCCAUGUCUACAGUUGUUAAGAUGCUGACAGGUGAGAUAGACGUGGAUGACGAGAAGAUAGACAGACCUGGAAUGCUUUCUGAGUUAAUGAAUCAGAGAGAUUUGGCUGAUGUUAAACACUCAUCUUACUCACUAUCGCCUUCUGGGAAGGUUCUCAAUUCUUCAUCUUCCUCAGAACAAAUCACCACUUCAUUUGCUACCAUGACCUUCAAUUCUAUAUAUGACCGAAGCAAUUAGGACGGUGAAACAUCUUUCUGGUAUUGUUUUGUUUGGGUAGGAUGCAUAUUAGUCUUAUAUGUUGGUUGGAGAACAAGUACCCAUAUCAUUCUUUGCUUUCUUAGGCUAUGAAAUACCCCUUCAACCAUUUUGUAGGGUAACAGUAUUGGUGUAAAGUUCUAUAAUCACUAGGCUUUAUCUUUUUGGUCUGUAAAGAAAGUCCGGACUAAAAAAAGAACCCUUACAUCCCUGUGUUCAAAUCCAGGUAUCAUGUAUACUAAACAGAGACCUUUUCUUUUUGAA